GAGAGAAGAGGCAAGAAUAUGGUACUUUGCCAUCUGGGGUACAAGGGUUGGGAAUGGGAUUACCUGACUUGAAAACCAAGAAAAAGGGAAAGCAAAAGGUUUCAAAAGAUUCCCAUGUCAAUGAGACUCUUGAUAAGCUCAGAGAACAGACGAGAGAGGCUGUGAAAGGAUUUGAAUCAAUGGCACAACCAGGUGGAUUUGAUCUCGGUAAAGAUGAUGCGGUUGACAAUUGGGUUAAGCGAUUUGAGGAGCUUGCUGGCUCUCAGGAUAUGAAUAUGGAAUCCAUUGUGGAGACCAUGAUGCAACAACUUCUGUCUAAGGAGAUUCUUCACGAACCCAUGAAGGAAAUUGGAGAAAGAUAUCCUAAGUGGUUGGAAGACCAUAAAGCCCGUUUGAGCAAAGAAGACUAUGAACGUUACUCCCAUCAACAUGAACUUAUAAACCAGCUUAAUGAAGUUUAUGAUAACGAUUCUAGUAACUUCACCAAGAUUGUUGAUCUCCUGCAGAAAAUGCAAGAAUGUGGCCAACCACCAAACGAUAUUGUUCAAGAGCUUGCCCCUGAUUUCGAUUUAACUAGUCUUGGCCAACUGUAAGGGCUCUUCAUUUAUCGUCAACAGUGAUCAAAAUCAUUAUUCAAAUGUUGUUUUUCAUUGCACGUGUAACCUUGUUGGAAUCUAAUUGUUAUUAUUUUCUUUCUUAAAUACAAGCUAAGUGUGCCUGAACAAUAUUUCUUACUGAAGGAAUAAGAAGACUGUGACAGAAGCAAAACAAUUUUCGUA